AUGGCACAUCCCAAAGUGGUUCAAGGGCUGCUUGAUUCUGUGGCCAAAGAGAAGCAGGAAGGCUCUUCUUCCCUGAAGGCUGCAAAAAGCUGGCUCCAUGUGUUUACUGUGAGUGCCUACCAAGGCCUGGUCCUGCCUGAGGCCCUGCAAGACUUCUUCAGCCAAACUUUGACCCAAGUUCUGACCUACAACCCUCAGCUCAAAGUUUCCGAUGCCAUUCCUCUCCAGAGAGAGUGGAGCUUUGCUCGGACAAAUGCGGUGCUCGCCUUGCUCUACCGCAAAUUGUUUGUGCCCUUCAAGCCGGAGGAGUUGGUCCGCCAUUUGCAGCACGUCCUGGAGACGAGCGAAGUCAACUGGCAUCACGUCCUCUCCUGCGUUUCCACGCUGCUGGUCUGCCAGUCGGGAGCCGCACCACUGAUUAAAGACUUCCUGAGCCAUCUGCUGAAGAAAGGCUUUGAGGACUAUGACUUGGAAAGCAUGAUGACGGCGUUCCUGAUCGCGCGCCAGGCUGGCCUGGAGGGUCCUGCCGUUUUCAUGCCUUACGCAGAAUGGUUUAAGCUUCAGUACGUCGUGCCCCUUCUUUGCUCGGAAGCCCGAAAUACAAGCUGGGAAGGCAGCAUGGAUGAUGACCUUCCAUGGAAAACAUUAUCCCGCCCCAGCUUCUGCUACUCAAAAGCUGCCUUGUGCUUAUGGAAGCAUCCCCUUUUCAAAGAACUAUUGUGGGAAAAAGCCUUCCAGCUGACUCUCCAAGAAUGGCUUCUGAUGGAACUGGCAGUCUGUCCCGACGAAGACGUUCUUUCUGCCGUUGAGAGGCAGGACUUCCAUUACUGGGCUCUGUACCAGCACUUUCUUCCUCUGUCUGUCGCUGCUGGCGGCUGCGAGGGAGACCUAAGAGAGGCCUGCGCCGUUCUCCUUGACGCCGUCUUGGAUUUCGGACAGAGGGGCUCAGUGAUACACACAUCAAGGUCUGAGUUGGGAAAGUGUAACCAUCCAAAUAAUCCCAAACGUUCCACAUUCCAGAGGAGAGGGAACCCCGAUAUCUACGCCAGAUUGCAGGAGAUGCUGCUGGAGCUGGAGCUGGAGCGCAGGAGAGCCUGGCCUGUGUCCGGUGGCGGCAAAGAGGAGCUCCUCUUGUUCCGGGUUUUCCAGAAGAGGCUCAAAGGGUUGAAGAGCGGGGAAGAAAUGCACCGGCAGCAAGAACUGUUCCUUCAAACCAGGGCUGCUUGAUUCUGUGGCCAAAGAGAAGCAGGAAGGCUCUUCUUCCCUGAAGGCUGCAAAAAGCUGGCUCCAUGUGUUUACUGUGAGUGCCUACCAAGGCCUGGUCCUGCCUGAGGCCCUGCAAGACUUCUUCAGCCAAACUUUGACCCAAGUUCUGACCUACAACCCUCAGCUCAAAGUUUCCGAUGCCAUUCCUCUCCAGAGAGAGUGGAGCUUUGCUCGGACAAAUGCGGUGCUCGCCUUGCUCUACCGCAAAGUAAGUCUUCCUUAAUUGGGGUUUGACUGCAAGCAUUUCACAGUCGUC